UAUGGCGCUGCUCUGCCAGUGUCUUUGAACAGAAUCCACGUUUUCGCGCAUAAUAUUACAGACGUUACAGAUGUAUGUAUGAGUGUUGGAAGUAUAGAUGUGGUUCGUUGAGGUCGGUGUAGUGUUUGUGGCGGAAGGCGUGGGUUCUUUGUAUGGGCAGUAUUAUCUUGUUUAGAUAGUGCGUAAUCUUCUUUGUUAAGUUCUUUAUACUGUGUAUGUGCAAGUCUGCUCUGUCGUGUUGAAUUUUUUAAGUAAAGGAAGUUGUGCACCGUAUUUGGCGUUUGAUACUAAGUGUUAAAGGACGUAGUUAUUACAAAGGCUACAAUGGAGAGUCUGGAAGAACUAGGAAAGAAGGCUUACCAGAAGCAAAUAUUGGGGGACUAUGAUGGAGCCAUUAAAGUAUAUAAUACUGCCAUAAAGAAGUACCCAAACGAUCGAAGACUCCUUAAUAACAGAUGCCUUUGUUACAUUGCCAAAAAAGAUUUUAAAAGAGCAAUGGAGGAUGCAGAACUUAUGAUACGUCUUUUUCCGGAACAUGCUAAGUCUUAUUAUCGUAAAGGAGAAAUACUUACUACAAUGAAGCGUUAUAUCGAAGCAGAAGAGGCAUAUAUAAAGGUUUUAUCAUUGGAUUCAGAAUGUGAAGAUGCUAGACGACAGCUGUUGGAUGUACAAGCCUUGCAACUAUGUGAACAUGGUUAUAAAAAAGAGCAUGCGCUGAAGGCUCUUGGUCAUACGCUAAACCACGAUACACAUAUUGCAAACAUAGAGGAUGCAGAAAAGAUCCUUAGAUAUGGAACAUCAGAAAUAUUUGAUAAUAACAAUGACCUGGAUUAUGACAGUGUUUACUAUUCUGAUGAUGAGAAUGCAUGCAGCAGUGUCAUUAAAGCAGACAAUGUUUAUGAUCCACUUUUGGACCCAUCAAAUCCACUGAAAAGCUGUUCCCUUUGGGUUGGCUUCGUAACUGAGGAUGUAACUGAAAAAAUGCUUACUAAUUUGUUUUCUAAAUACGGAAAGAUUCUGAGUGUGUGUCCUCGCUAUUCAUUACACUGCGCUUUUAUCAACUACGCUGAUCACAUUGCAGCGGGUAAGGCAAUGAAAGCAUUGCAAGGAGCACUUGUUGGAACUAAAAAUAUUCUCAUAAGGUUUCCUGAUAAUGUUGCCAGCCACACAAAAUCUAUUUAGCUGGAUUCCAGUCUUCUAUAUUAUGUAUAUUAUUAUUAUUCUGUAAGAAGAGUAUGUAUUAAAAUGUAUGUACAAGUAUUCACCGUGAAGAGAUGUUUUAAUUUUAUAUACAUUGUAUAGAUGUAUCCGAUAGAACAUAUGUAAGUUAUCUCAGUAGUCUGUAACUUAAAGCAUACCAGUUUGUCUUCUUAUGAAGCCAUGUGUAGAAUGUCGUUCACAAGUGGUGUUUUGUGCAUCAACAUACUAGAUAUGUAGCUUUUUUUUCUCAUAAUUUCAUUACGUGAAAUAUGCACAUAGACUUUUAUUACCUGACACUGAAAAUAACUGCGAUGAAGUCUUUUAUUAAAAUAAAGGUUUUCUGUUCACUUAU